AUCGCCCUACCUGCCGUCAUAGGCUCCGCCCACAGCGCAGAGGCAGGAAGACGGCUAACCGUUAGCGCGAUAAUAUCACACAGAAUCCGACAGCCAACCCACAUAUCACAGAAAAAAAGACCGAAACCUCGUCAGCUGCUCGGUCGCAGUGCCUCCACGACGUUUUGCGAACCCGACCCGUAGCCACCACUACGCGGGUACAGCCUGUUCUUUCCCGGCUUGACUUCCAUACAUUUGUCAUUAGCCGUAACUAGCUAGCUAGCGCUAACUUUUACCCUCGUUUCGACACCCGGACCGAAUACUUUACUCAAUAACUUCUAGCUCACGGAAGAAGAGACAUCGGUCGCCUGGGGCUCGUCUGUGUUAGUGUUUUAAAGUAACGCCAUGGGUUCCCGAGCGUCCACGUUACUCCGGGAAGAGGAGAUCGAGGAAAUCAAGAAGGAGACGGGCUUUUCUCACAGUCAGAUCACCCGCCUGUACAGCCGCUUCUCCUCCCUGGAUAAAGGGGAGAACGGGACGCUCAGCCGAGAGGACUUCCAGCGGAUCCCGGAGUUGGCCAUCAACCCGCUGGGCGACCGGAUAAUCAACGCCUUCUUCCCCGAGAGCGAGGACCAGGUGAACUUCCGGGGCUUCAUGCGGACCCUGGCCCACUUCAGACCCAUCGAGGACAACGAGAAGCACAAGGAUCACACGGCCAGCGAGCCGCUCAACAGCAGAACCAACAAGCUGCUCUUUGCCUUCCGUCUCUACGACCUGGACCGAGACGAUAAGAUCUCCCGAGACGAACUGCUCCAGGUGCUGAGGAUGAUGGUGGGGGUGAACAUCUCAGACGAGCAGCUGGGCAGCAUCGCCGACCGCACCAUCCAGGAGGCUGACCAGAACGGAGACAGCUCCAUCUCCUUCAACGAGUUCAUCAAGGUGCUGGAGAAGGUGGACGUGGAGCAGAAGAUGAGCAUCCGCUUCCUGCACUAGCGGACACCCCGCCGUAUCCCCCUCGGACCUCGCUCCAUCUCACCAAUCGAUUCUCCCCGAGGUUGCCUAACCCCCGCACCGGACACUAUGCGGGCCCCCUGCCCCCU